GAUACUUUAGGUGGGAGUCCACCUCUCGAGAAUAUUCAAAGCCCAGUUUCUAGUACAUUGUCUUCAACUAAUUCAGUAAUCGGGCAAUAUUCACCUACGACUUCAAACAUUCCGAAUGGUUCUAGUAAAUUAAAAGUAUCUACUAGUGUUCCAGAUUUUCGUAGUUACAGCCCAAAGGGGCCUAGUCCUAUAAUAAUUAAUCCUCGAACAUCCUCAAUUGGUUGGGACAGAGAAAGUAAUAAGAGUCUUUCUCCUAAUUCAGCUCUUCCUGAACAUGAAAAUAGUAUUUACGCCGGACUAAGGGUUGUGGGGAGCGUAUCAAUUUCACAUUUACCAGAGCAGUCACAAUCUUUUGCUGCUUCGCAUUCACAUAAUAUUCAUAAUCAACCUGUUAUACAACAAUAUUCAAUGAGCAAGUCAGAAGACAAAAACAUAAGUCCCCAAUCUAGUAAGAGACAGAUUAAACAUACAUCUCAUAAUAGAUCGCAAAGUCAUUCGUCAAGUGACUAUACGUCUUAUUAUGAUCCUCCAAAAAAAAAAAUUAUUCAAGUAACUAAGAACAUGGAACACUUUCGUUUAGCCAAAUUUACUGAUUAUGAAGAUCCCGAUUCGAUAAAAGAUGUAAUAUUCUCUCAUCUAGAUAUUGACCAAAAUGAGAAAGAAAAUUAUACAAUUCAUGUGGCUGAGAUCGGUCAGGACGAAAUAGGUCCAGCAAUUAGUGAUGAUGAUCUCGUUCAAAUAUGCAUGAACGCAGAUGAUCGUG